AUGGAUGAUGACGGUGGGAUGCUGCUUGAUCUAGGUUGGGGCUUCUGUCGCCACUCCGCAGCACCGUCACGCGAGCGUCACGGCGACAGCCCAGCCCGCAAGUCCCAGCGCGGUGCUGACGUGUCAGCCAUGACCGUCCGUCAUGCGACGGCGCUAUUCGUAGCGGCCAUGGCGGCUCUCCUCCUUUGCCCUGCAGCUCUGCCUGCGGCGGCAGCGGACGCGUCCGUCAUGUUCCGCUCUUCCCGCCGCCUCACAACCUCCCCGAGCCUCGGCCUGUUCUCCCUCCCGCAAUCGUGGUUUGGUGGCGGUGCGACCGCCAGCGCGCAGCACGAACGCUCGCUGGUAGAGAAGGCCGGCGGCGCAGGCCAAUCAUCCGCCAACGGCGGAAGUAACGGCGCAGUCCAAUCAUCCGCUAACGGCGGAAGUAACGGCGCAGUCCAAUCGUCCGCUAACGGCGGAAGUAACGGCGCAGACCAAUCAUCCGCCAACGGCGGAGGAAGCGGCGGUCAAUCAUCCGCCAACGGCGGAGGUAGCGGCGGCGAAUCAUCCGCCAACGGCGGAGGUAGCGGAGGAAAACACCAAGGGUCCACCAGCGGCGCAGGCUCGGCCACCGACAACGGCACUGGUGCCGGCGGCGGUCAAGGACCUGCCUCAGGCGCAGCCGAAGCACCCACCAGCGGCGGAGAGACACACCGGCCCACCGGCGGCGGAGGCAACAACCAAGGAAACCCCGACACCAGCGCGGGCGGCGGGGUUAACAACCAAGGAAACCCCGACACCAGCGCGGGCGGCGGGGGUAACAACCCAGGAAACCCCGACUCUAACGCAGGCGGCGCCCACGGACCUGCUGACGCCGGCGGCGCUGGCGGCGCGGGCUCCGGCCAAGCAUCCUCCGACACCGCCGGCAAUGGCGCAAGCAGCGGUCAAGGACCUGCUUCCGACGCAGCUGAAGCACCCACCAGCGGCGGAGGCAGCGGAGGGACACACCGAGGGCACACCGGCGGCGCAGGCGGCGAAGUCACCGACCAAGGAACCCCCGAAACCGGCGCAGGCGGCGGCCAAGGAUCCGCUGACGCCGGCGCUGGCGGUGCGGGCGCGGGAGGCGAAGGUCGUCCCAACUCCAGCGGCGGCGGAGGUGGCGCAGGCGGCACAGAUCCUACCCGCGGCGGCGGCAAAGCACCCGCCGACACGGGCGGCCCAGGCGCGAACCAAGGGCACACCAACGCCGACCAGCCGGAUGCCGCCGCGGCGCAUGGCGGGGGAAAUGAUCGCGCGGAGCCAACGUCGGGAGUGCGCAUGCGGGACUUGGUGGUGUGGCGGGCCGCCAAGUUCCAGCUCAAGUCGCGCGAAGCCCAGGCGCAUAUGGCGGCCGGCAAGACCAAGGCGGCCGAGGCGCACUCGCAGGCUUCGGCGCUGGAGGAUGCGAAAGGCGUGGCUUGGACCAGUCUCGCGCGCAGUUGCGCGGAUCAGAUGGCUCUGGCAUCGGAGAUGCUAGAGGCGGCAGCGGGGAUGGUGGAGAGCGGCGGCGAGGACGUGAAUCUGCCGCGCAUCCACCUCUCCAACGCCGUCACGCUCGCGCUCGACUGCGCCGAGGGCUUCGACCUCUUCGCGCCGGGCAGCUCCCGCGACCCGCGCGUCAAGGCGCUCCAGGAAGCAGCGAUGGAGACUCGCGCUGCAGUGAUGGAUGCGCUGGGGCAAGCAGCGGACAUGGCGGCCAUGAUUGCAGCAGGCGACGACAGCUCUGCUGCCGCCGCUGCCGUGCCUUCGCCCUCGCCCACUCGCCGCCGCCUGCUGCAAGCCACCGGUGCGACCAACGGUGGUGGAGGCCCCACCGUCACGGGCGCAGGCACUGCCACUGCUGUCACAGUGGCCAACCCACACAACUCCAUCCCCAACAAUGCACAUGGCAGAGGCAACACCAAGAAAAACAGUUCCACUGACUCGACUGACGCUUCCCCACCACCCUUGCUGCCAACCUCACUGCCUUCUCCCCCUCCCCCUUCGCCUCCCCCUCCCUCACCUCCUCCCUCCCCUCCUCCCCCUUCACCUCCCCCUCCUUCCCCCCCUCCGCCUUCGCCCCCCCCUCCCUCUCCCCCCCCCCUUCGCCUCCCCCUCCAUCCCCUCCUCCCUCUCCCCCUCCCCCUUCGCCUCCCCCUCCUUCCCCCCCUCCUCCUUCGCCGCCCCCUCCUUCACCUCCUCCGUCUCCUCCUCCCCCUUCGCCUCCCCCUCCUUCCCCUCCUCCCCCUUCUCCUCCUCCUCCCUCCCCUCCUCCGUCUCCUCCUCCCCCUUCGCCUCCCCCUCCUUCCCCUCCUCCCCCUUCUCCUCCCCCUCCCUCCCCUCCUCCGUCUCCCCCUCCCCCGUCGCCUCCCCCUCCCUCCCCUCCUCCUCACCGUGGCACAGGAUGGUUCCGGGAACUUCAGCACCAUGCAGGCUGCGAUAACAGCGUACCCUCCGGGCUUCAAGGGGCGCUACGUGGUGUUCAUCAAGCCGGGCUUUUACCGUGAGAAGGUGCUGGUCAACUCCACAUGCAAGAAUGUCACGUUCCUGGGGGUCAGUGCUGCCUCCACUGUCAUCUCGUGGUACGACAAUGCCACUGCUGGCACCGGCACGUACCAGACCCCCACUGUUGCUGUGGAGGCGAGUGGCUUUGCAGCCAUCGGCAUUCGCUUUGAGAACACGGCAGGGAAGGCUGGGAACCAGGCAGUGGCAUUCAGGCAGACGGGCGACAACGCAGCCUUCUAUGAGUGCGAGUUCAUUGGAUGGCAGGACACACUCUACACUCACGGUGGGCGGCAGUACUACCGCAACUGCUAUGUGAACGGUUCGGUGGACUUUGUCUUUGGCAACGGCGCGGCCGUGAUGGACAACUGUACGAUCAACAUCCGCCCAUACUCCAGCUCGACGGUCACGGCGUCAGGGCGCACCAACUACACGGAGAACACCGGCAUCGUCAUACUCAACUCAAAUAUACAGGGCGACCUUGUCAACAAGGCAUACCUCGGACGCCCCUGGAAGCCCUAUGCCCGAGUGGCUGUUAUCAACACCACAAUCAGCAAUGUGCUGAAUACAAGUGGCUGGCUGGACUGGAAUGGAGUAGUGUACAAUACUUCUACAUUCAUCGAGCAGGGCAACAGUGGGCCGGGGUCAGUGGGGCCGCGCAUAGCAUGGGCACUGCCGGGCAUCGUGACUGACCCUGCCCUGGUCUCCAUGUACUACCCCAACAACUUCCUCACCCCCUUCUCCUCCAUCGCCAACCUCAUUCCCUUCUCCUGGCUCUAA